GAUCAUUAUCGUCACAGUAGCCAAGAUUAUAAAUAGCACGCUUUUUGCUGAAUCAAAUCAACUUCCAAACACACACACCAUGGUGCACACGGCUUCUUCUGCUCCUCUCUGCUCCUUCCAUUUCCGCAGUCCGUCUUCUUGGCGGCGAAGGCCAGCGGCGGACCACCGCAGAGCGCCGAGAUGCCACAGCGGCGUCAGCGACGAUGAAGAAAACCAGAAGGACAUCGUGGAGGCGAACUUGACGGUGUUGAGAGAGAGAAUGGAGGAUUUGAGGAAGAAGGAGCGGCGGAUUCCGGCGAGUGGCGGAAGAAUCGAAUUCGAUAAUUGCUGGAGCUACAUGUCGAGGAGCGAUGCGAAAUUGGAUCGCGAUUGUGAGCGGAAGAUGGUGAAGAAUUUUGCCCUAAUUUCAGAGUGCUUGGAGGUGAUUUCUAUGGCUGGUGGUGCAGUUGGACUCGUUCUUGUUGGUGGAUCUUUAGGCAUCUGUUUGGUUUCUCUCCUGAUUCGUCAUCUAAGUAAUUGAUUUGAAGUAACAAGUAAGUAAACUUAGAAAAAAAUUUGGUAGUGAUUUUCAAAAACUUAAAAAAAGUUGAUGAAUCCAAAUUCCAAAGUUCCGUGGUCUGAA